UGCUGAUUUACUAAUACGUCGUGCUUCAUGAACAUAACGGCAUGAAAUGUCUACAACUCGUUUGCAUAUGUAAAUGUAUGUCUUUUAUUAGUGCUUUGAAUGUGUAGCUGUAGAUGCUGUUGUCAUAACAAAGCGGUGUUAGUGCCUAGUAUUGCAUGUUAAAAGGAUGCAAUUCAAGUUCUUCAGUUGUGUACACUUACUGACAGAUCAAAUAUAUGCAUGCUGGACCAAGAUAAAGUGAACAUUUAUGCAGUUUUAACACUUAUUUGGUUGAGCCAAUGAUAGCUAACCUGCUAUCUUGCCAUUGACAGUGUAAUAUUUAUGAAUUAAUAUUAAUUAAGGCAAAUGCACUCUUAAGAUUAUCUGCUUUUCUUUAGCUCUGCAUAGAGUGUUGUGUAAUUCAAAUACAGGGUAAAUCAUUCUGCAAGCAUGAAGUUGAUGGAGGUUGCCCCUUUUCAUGGAGCACAGGAAAACACACAUGCUCAUGUCAUAGUCCAUAGUCUAAUUGAUAAUGCUUUCCUGACACUGCCUGCAGAAAAUCAUUGCAUGCCAUUUGAGUCACAAGAUGAUGCACAUGUUUUGUUACACUGGGAUUGCCUUGUCUUUGCCUCAGAUUAAUUUUGGAACUUUGUAUUACUAUUGGAGAUACAGUAUAUUAGGUGGCAUUUCACUUAAGUAACUAAGAAACUGUGACUUCAUAUUCAAAAAGUGUCUUGCUAUUUCAGCAAGUGCUUUAGAAUAAUUGAUGUGCCUAUUAUGUGAACUAUGGGAAUGGUUUCUAUCAUUUCCUGAAUAAUAUGCAGCUUUCCCCUCAGGUUGUGCUGGCUCACCCUGCUUGGUUGGUUGUCUCCUCUUGCCUUCCAUUUGCUUUAUUGCACAAUUACUCGCUUUGCUUGUUGCACAGCUUGGCCACAUUGCUUGCCCAUAUCCCGGAAGGAUUGACUUGAACUUGGUAACAUGAUAACAUAAUUAUAGUCUGCUGGGAUGAAGCUCAUUGGGCCCCUAGAUGCCUUUUUGGCCUUCAUGGUUUUAACAUGUCUUUUUAGUCCUUGGAUUAAGAAUUGCUACUUUCUAGACACUGACUACCACCCCUGGAGUCGCAAGUUGGAAUCCAGGGUGCGCUGAGUGACUCCAGCCAGGUCUCCUAAGCAACCAAAUUGGCCCGGUUGCUAGGGAGGGUAGAGUCACAUGGGGUAACCUCCUCGUGGUCGCGAUUAGGGGUUCUCGCUCUCAGUGGGGCGCGUUGUGCGUGGAUUGCGGAGAGUAGCAUGAGCCUCCACAUGCGGUGUCUCCGCGGUGUCAUGCACGACGAGCCACGUGAUAAGAUGCGUGGAUUGACUCUCUCAGAAGUGGAGGCAACUGAGACUUGUCCUCCGCCACCCGGGUUGAGGGUCAAGAGUGUGUGGUAAGGAAGCAUAUCUGAAUAAUGACAAACCCUUAUGCACACAUUGUUGAGCCUCUGGACCCCCAGAAGCCUGACCAUAAAUUCUUCAGCUUAAGGAAGCUUGGUGACCCCAGAUAUGAUCACCUUCCAUUCUCCAUCCGUGUGCUGCUGGAGUCUGCAGUGAGGAACUGUGAUGGAUUCCUGGUGAAAAAGGAUGAUGUGGAGAACAUCCUCAACUGGAAGGUGACACAGAGUCUGACCGUGGAGGUGCCUUUCAGACCAGCACGUGUCAUCUUGCAAGACUUCACGGGGGUUCCUGCAGUGGUUGACUUUGCAGCCAUGCGUGAUGCAGUAAAGAAAUUACAGGGUGACCCUGAGAAGAUUAAUCCUGUCUGUCCUGUGGAUCUUGUCAUAGACCAUUCCAUUCAAGUGGACUUCAACAGAAAGUCUGACAGCCUUCAUAAAAAUCAAGAACUUGAAUUUGAAAGGAACAGAGAACGAUUUGAGUUUUUAAAGUGGGGUUCUAAAGCGUUCCGGAACAUGAGGAUCAUUCCCCCAGGUUCAGGAAUAGUACAUCAGGUCAAUCUAGAGUACCUGGCCAGGGUUGUGUUUGAUCAGGAUGGUUACUACUACCCAGACAGUCUGGUGGGCACUGACUCCCACACAACCAUGAUUGAUGGGUUGGGAGUGCUGGGCUGGGGUGUGGGAGGUAUUGAGGCAGAGGCAGUCAUGUUGGGUCAACCAAUCAGCAUGGUGCUGCCAGAGGUCAUUGGUUACAAACUACAGGGGACACCCACCAAAUACAUCACCUCCACUGACAUAGUCCUUACUGUUACCAAGCAUUUGCGGCAAGUCGGUGUGGUUGGGAAGUUUGUGGAGUUUUUCGGCCCUGGUGUUGCCCAGCUGUCCAUUGCUGACCGUGCCACCAUCGCCAACAUGUGCCCCGAGUAUGGAGCCACUGCUGCCUUCUUCCCUGUAGACCACAUCAGUGUGCAGUAUUUGGAGCAGACCGGGAGGGAUUCAGAGAAGCUGAGUUACAUAGCUCAAUAUCUGAAAGCAGUGGGCAUGUUCAGAGACUACAGCAACACAGAUCAAGAUCCACACUUCACUCAGGUUGUUGAGUUGGACCUCAGUGCGGUCGUCCCCUGCUGCAGUGGUCCCAAGCGGCCACACGACAAAGUGGCUAUAUCAGACAUGAAGCAGGACUUUGAAAGCUGUUUAGGAGCCAAGCAAGGGUUUAAAGGAUUUCAGCUGGCACCUGAUCGUCACAAUGCUAGUGUACCAUUCCAGUAUAACGGGGCUGAGUAUUCACUCUCCCACGGAUCUGUGGUCAUUGCAGCUAUUACGAGCUGUACCAACACCAGUAACCCCUCGGUCAUGCUGGGAGCAGGUCUCUUGGCCAAGAAGGCUGUUGAGUGUGGUCUCAGUGUCAAGCCGUAUAUAAAGACCAGUCUGUCUCCAGGUAGUGGAGUGGUCACCUACUACCUUAAAGAGAGUGGAGUAAUGGACUUCCUCACACAAUUAGGUUUUGAGGUUGUUGGUUAUGGCUGUAUGACCUGCAUUGGAAACAGUGGACCCCUUCCAGAGCAGGUUGUAGAGGCAAUCACUCAGGGUGAUUUGGUAGCUGCUGGUGUCCUGUCUGGAAACCGAAAUUUUGAGGGUCGUGUUCAUCCCAACACACGGGCCAAUUAUUUGGCUUCUCCUCCACUGGUCAUUGCCUAUGCCAUUGCAGGCACAGUGAGAAUAGACUUAGAAAAGGAGCCCUUAUCGGUGAACUCGGAGGGAAAGAAGAUUUUUCUGAGGGACAUAUGGCCCACACGAGAGGAAAUCCAAGCAGUGGAGAGACAAUUUGUUAUUCCUUCCAUGUUUAAGGAGGUCUAUGAGAAAGUGGAGAAAGUAAAUGAACGCUGGAACUCCCUGAAAGCCCCCUCUGACAAGCUGUAUACCUGGGAUCCCAAAUCUACCUACAUAAAGUCCCCACCUUUUUUUGAUGGACUGACCCGGGAGCUCCUGCCACCAAAGUCCAUAUCAGAUGCAUAUGUACUGCUCAAUUUGGGAGAUUCUGUGACCACAGACCACAUAUCACCUGCUGGAAACAUUGCACGUAACAGCUCUGCUGCUCGUUACUUAACUGGCCGUGGACUAUCUCCGAGAGAGUUUAACUCGUAUGGUUCUCGUCGAGGCAACGACGCAGUCAUGGCUCGAGGCACAUUUGCCAACAUCCGCCUCUUUAACAAGUUUCUAAACAAGCAGGCACCCUCCACAAUUUACCUUCCUACAGGGGAGACGAUGGAUGUGUAUGAUGCAGCAGAAAAAUAUCAGCAGGCUGGUCUACCUCUCUUGGUUCUGGCUGGUAAAGAGUAUGGAUCAGGCAGCUCCAGGGAUUGGGCUGCCAAAGGACCCUUUCUGCUGGGCAUUAAAGCUGUGCUCGCAGAGGGUUAUGAGCGAAUUCACCGCAGUAAUCUGGUGGGCAUGGGUAUCAUCCCUCUAGAGUACCUUCCUGGUGAAACAGCUGAAAGCCUCGGGCUCACUGGCCGCGAGCGAUACACUGUGGUCAUCCCCCCACAGCUCACACCCAGAAUGACCGUGGACAUCAAGCUGGACACUGGUAAAGCAUUUCAAGCUAAAAUGAGGUUCGACACGGAUGUGGAGCUCACUUACUUCCAUCAUGGUGGCAUCCUCAACUACAUGAUUCGCAAAAUGUCUGAAAAUCGAAAUUAAUUUAAUGCUUUCUCCACGAAGUUCUCGAACUAAACACACAUAUGCACCAUCUGCAUGUUUUUUUUUUUUUUUUUUUUUUUUUUUUUUUUUUGUCCUGUCUGUUUUAAAAAAACAAAACAAAAACAUCUUAACUUUUUGGAUUUUAGUAUAAUGUUUGCUGAUAAAUGUAGGAUUUAAAGUCAACAUUAACAUGUCAUGCAUACUCAUUUAUUCAGCAUAUUUAAUGCAAAAUUUUCAACAUCUGGGAUUUCAUCUAUAUCAAAUUCUGUUUUUAUUUUGGUGUUAUGCAUCAAAUGGCUGUAUUGGUUUGGUGUAGGUUCAAUGGGAUUGAAUGGGAAGUUUGAAAGCAUUAAAUGUCAACAAGUUUAACCUUCUCCAUUCUAACCCUUGCCCAGCACUGCCAAACCGCAGUCCCAUUUUUGCUUUACUCUUUGUUUGUCAGUAUCCAUUUAUAAUGUUUUCCAAUCCAAUUUAUAAAUGAACAAUAAUUUUAUUAAUUACUGUAAUGACACUGAACUUGGACAAGUUCUUUACAGAUAAAAUUGUGCAAAGUAUGCCCUGUGAUUAUAAAAAAGUAUAGAAUUUUUGAAUCUGAAUUUAUUUUUUUUACUUUUAAGAUGUAUAGAUUAUUGUUGUUGUUAUUAUUAUUAUUAUUAUUAUUUCAUUAUGAAGAGUCAAGUAAUGGCUAUCCAUUACUGAUAAAUUACAUAAUGAAAGACAAUAGGGGCCUGGGUAGCUCAGCGAGUAUUGACACCGACUACCACCCCUGGAGUCACGAGUUCGAAUCCAGGGCGUGCUGAGUGACACAAGCCAGGUCUCCUAAGCAACCAAAUUGGCCCAGUUGCUAGAUUGUAGAUUCACAGGGGGUAACCUCCUCAUGGUCGCUAUAAUGUGUGCUUCUCACUCUUGGUGGGGCGCAUGGUGAGUUGUGCGUGGAUGCGUGCAUCUUAUCACAUGGCUUGUUGAGCGUGUUACCAUGGAGACGUAGCACGUGUGGAGGCCCACGCUAUUCUCCACGGUAACGUGCUCAGCAAGCCACAUGAUAAGAUGCGCAGCAACUGAAAUUAGUCCUCCGCCACCCAGAUUGAGGCAAGUCACUAUGCCACCAUGAGGACUUAGAGCGCAUUGGGAACUGGGCAUACCAAAUUGGGGAGGAAAAAAUAAAUAAAAUAAUGAAAGACCAUGUGUUACCCAUUCCAUAGUUUAAAGCAAACAGUCCAUUAGAUUAUUUUAAUAAUAUGGACUUUACUCUUUAAUAAGCUGCAGGAUAUGUACUAUACAUUUGGAAGUGCCUAUAUUUUGUGUUGUGUACAUAACCACCAGAAGAAAGUCUCUGUACUUACCAUUCCAGUUUAAUUACUUGUAUGUUCACACUUUGUUGUCUGUUUUUAUUCAUCAUGAAAUAUGUAAGGCAUUCCUGUGCAAAGUGCUUAUUCUCAUGAAGGAAAACAAAAUCCAUCCAAAGUUGAUCUUGCUGAUCCUGAGUAAAUGUAAUAACUAAAAGGUGCUCAAAAUCAGGUGUCAAAUGCAUACUCUUUUCUGUACUGUGCAAACUGUACUUUACUAAACUGCACAUAGUGGUAAUAACAGUUAAGGAAAAUGUAACUGCUUUUGCGUGAGUUCUUAUGAGUUUCAGAGUAUAUUAAGACUUGAAGAUAUUGUUGAAUACUUAUAGUGUGUAAGAGAAAAAAAAUCAUUAUUGUAGAAUGAAUCCUUUCAUCUCUGAUUAAGGGCUUCAGUCUCUGCGAUAUGAAUGUGCAUCUCUGUAAGUAAUCCUGAAUCUUUAAUUAAAUUAGUAAUAUUUAGAAUACCACUUUCUUUGACGCAACCAAAAUAACAGAGCCAUUAUGACAUUAUUCAUAAACAAAUAACGCAGUCCUGUCAGUUAAAAUCAGACCAGUUUUCCCCAUUCUGUGGAGCGAAACAGAAAUUCAUUGCUGGUUUUGUAAACUUUAACCACAUGUUCUGUAAUAUCCUAAAGUUAAUAAAAACUUUUACAGCUUUUCAUAAUUUUUCAAACGCAGAAUGCCACACUAUUGUGUUUCAGUAGAUUAACCUCUAUUUUAAUAACGUUAGGCCUACAGGCAUAUUUUCAAUGUUGUGAAAAUCUGACUUUAUUCAAAUAAAUGUUCAUUGGAAAACUUCUAA